AUGCAGUUCCACCAUAUUGAUGAUUUUAUUACUGUGUUCGUACAUGGAACCGUCUUGGCUGCUAUUUUAGUUACCGUUUCAUGGCUUUUCCCUGGAAUUUCAUGGAUCAUGGUGUCGAAUGCUGUAUCCUCCGCUUCGUCCUUCCACUUUGCCGCUGCCUUCUCUCUGGUUUCUGCCUCAACAAUUCCUUUCUCGACUGCCACUAUAAUUGAGACAGUUGCAGUGAUAGUAUUGCUUGGAUUGGUAGGCUUCAGAGGAGCCAAUUGUGUCCCCACAAGCAAUGGUUUGGAAAGGGAUUCCGGUUUCAGCUAUGAAGCAAUAAAUUGCAGAAAACACAGCGCAUCGCUGACGGAUUUUGGAGGUGUGGGAGAUGGAAAGACAUCCAACACCAUCGUCUUCCGCAAGGCUAUCGAACAUCUCAGCCAAUUUAAAUCUGACGGUGGUUCCCAAUUGAUCGUUCCUCCUGGAAAAUGGGUCACUGGGAGUUUCAACCUUACCAGCAAUUUCACUCUGUUUCUCCACAAAGAUGCCAUUAUCCUCGCUUCCCAGGAUGAAGAAGAGUACCCACUUAUCCCUCCUUUGCCUUCCUAUGGGAGAGGAAGAGAUGCAGCUGGUCCAAGAUAUGCAGCUCUCAUUUAUGGCACAAACUUAACUGAUGUUGUCAUUACAGGUAAUAACGGCACGAUCGAUGGCCAAGGUGCCUAUUGGUGGGAUAAAUUUCACAAGAACGAGACGAAUUAUACUCGACCUUACCUGAUUGAGAUCAUGUACUCUAACCAAGUCCAGAUUUCCAAUCUGACUCUAUUCAACUCUCCAAGUUGGAAUGUUCAUCCUGUUUAUAGCAGUAAUGUGUUAGUGUUACGCAUUACCAUCCUCGCACCAAUUGAUUCACCAAACACUGAUGGGAUCAACCCAGAUUCAUGUACAAAUGUUAGAAUUGAAGACAGUUAUGUAGUUUCAGGGGAUGACUGCAUUGCAGUGAAGAGUGGUUGGGACCAAUAUGGGAUAGCUUUUGGGAUGCCCACAAAGCAUGUCAUCAUCAGAAGGUUCACCUGCAUUUCCCCAGACAGUGCCGUCAUCGCUCUUGGGAGUGAGAUGUCCGGUGGUAUCGAGGACGUCAGGGUCGAGGACGUUAUUGCCAUUAACUCAGAGGCUGCAGUAAGGAUCAAAACAUCUCCUGGGAGAGGUGGAUAUGUGAAAGACAUAUUUGCAAGAAGGUUUAAAAUGGAUACCAUGAAGUAUGUCUUCUGGAUGACAGGAGCUUAUGGUUCUCACCCAGAUGAAGGCUAUGAUCCUAAUGCACUUCCUGUUAUUAAAGAUAUUAGUUACAGUGACAUGGUUGCCCAGAAUGUCACCAUGAGUGCAAAUUUAGCUGGUAUUGAGAAUGAUACUUUUACUGGAAUUUGCAUCUCCAAUGUCUCUAUUGAACUCUCCCCAAAACCCAAGAAAGUGCAGUGGAACUGCACUGAUAUCGCUGGAAUAACCAGUGUUGUGAGCCCUCCACCUUGUUCUUUGUUGCCAGAUAAUGGCAGUGGCUCUUGCCCUUUCCCAACUGACAAGCUACCAAUCGAUGAUAUCCAAUUCCAAACUUGUCCUUGCUGAGGCAACAAUUGAUAUUGUAGUAUUUUCUGUUUUCUAAGCUAAUUUUCCUGCUA